AUGGAGUUCCUUUCAUCCUUCAAAGUGAUGUUACUUAUUUCGCGGUGUAAUCGCCUGUGUGAGCUUGCUUUUGAGCUGUUCAUUGCUAAACCAUGUGCCUUAGGCCUUAAAGUCCAAGCCAACGGACCACAGAAAGCUCAACCUAAUGCUAUCUUGGAAAAAGUUUUCACAGCUAUUACAAAGCAUCCAGAUGAGAAGAGACUGGAGGGCCUCUCCAAGCAGCUGGACUGGGAUGUACGCAGCAUUCAACGUUGGUUUCGACAAAGACGCAACCAGGAAAAGCCCAGCACUCUUACGAAGUUCUGUGAGAGCAUGUGGAGAUUUACAUUUUACCUUUAUAUAUUUACCUAUGGAGUACGGUUCCUGAAAAAGACACCCUGGCUCUGGAAUACCAGACAGUGCUGGAAUGGUUAUCCAUAUCAGCCACUGAUGCCUGACCUUCAUUAUUACUACAUAGUUGAAUUGUCAUUCUACUGGUCCUUAAUGUUUUCUCAAUUCAUUGACAUCAAAAGAAAG